UCUAUCUGAUGUCGUCGGCCAAUGAGAAACGACGCUUGACAGCGAGGCACGUACACAGCGACGUUUGUGUAGCGGGCACUUUCGCGCCACGCCGGGAUUUUGGGCCUUUCGAAGGAGAGCGCCAUCAUGGCUCGAAGGUUUAUGAGAAGCUUCUCCUGGGAACUGGAUCCUGAGUUGUAUGGGGACAGACAUUACAAUGUUUUUACCCGUGAAUUUUAUCCCAGCCUCGAAGACAUUGUGGGAGUUGAUAUUGCUGGCGUGACUGAUGAAGAUAUAGAUUCAGCUGUUUUAUUUGGAACUCUGCGAGGCAAUGUGGUUGGAUUACGGUACUAUACAGGAGUGGUCAAUAAUAAUGAAAUGGUUGCACUCCAGCGACAACCUAAUAAUCCAUAUGACAAGAAUGCUGUUCAAGUAAAUAAUGUAAAUGGAGACCAGGUUGGCCACAUCAAAAAAGAGUUGGCAGCAUGCUUGGCACCCAUCAUGGACAACAAGUUGGCAACGAUAGAAGGAGUUGUUCCCUUUGGAGCAAAUAAUGUAUUCACAAUGCCAGUGCAGUUGAGCUUUUGGGGAAAAGAGCAAAAUAAGCAAGCGGUUCUAAAUCGGCUUAAAAGCCAUGGAUUUAAGUUAGCUGCUCCAGGGACCAUCUCAAAAUCUGGAAAAGCUGGAACAAGUUAUAGUGCUCCAGUCCAUGCUGCUGUACAAAUGACAACUGAGCAGCUUAAAACUGAAUUUGACAAACUCUUUGAAGAUCUGAAGGAAGAUGAUAAAACUCGUGAAAUGGAAGCAGCAGAGGCUGUUUCAACUCCAUUACUUCCACAUCAGAAGCAAGCUUUAGCGUGGAUGGUUUCACGUGAAAACAAUCAGGAAUUGCCCCCAUUUUGGGAAGAGAGGGAGAAUUACUUCUACAAUACAGUUACAAACUUUGCUGAAAAAAACCGACCAGAAAAUGUUCUUGGAGGAAUAUUGGCAGAUGAUAUGGGUUUGGGUAAAACGCUAACUAUGAUUGCAGUCAUUCUUACCAGUUUUCAUGGAGGCCAACCUCUUCCUGUUCAAAAGAAAAGUAAUCAAGUUAAGGAGGAAUGUGUUCCAACUGCAAAAACCUACAUGAAAGAACCUAAAUGUGGGUUUCAGGAGAAUACUUCUGACAGGAAGGAUAAAGACGAUUCGGUUCCUUCUCAGUCAUCCAGGUCGCAUUUAAAAAGAGGUACAGGAAAGAAACCAAAUUACUCGAUGAGCAAUGACUCUGAUCCUGAAGAACAGGAAACUCAAAUAAAAACUCAAGCUGGGAGGAAGCCUGCAGCAACAAGAAAAAGAAGAAAAGCUGCUCCUGAUAUUCAAGAAGAUGAAACAUUUGCUGCAGCUCUUGGGGAACCUAGCGUUUCUUUGAAAAAGACAAAGAAAAAAGGUGCUGCUGCUGUACAGGAUAAGAAAUCUGAAGCUGACAAGAUUCUCAAAACAACAUUGAUCAUUUGUCCCCUUUCAGUCCUAAGUAACUGGAUUGAUCAGUUUGAGCAACAUGUUGACCCAGAUGUUCAGUUGAACCUGUAUGUUUACUAUGGCUCUGAGCGAAGCAAAGAUCCAGGAGUACUUUCAAGUCAAGACAUUGUAUUAACAACAUACAGUGUUUUAGCAAGUGACUAUGGAACCCGAAGUAAUAGUCCUUUGCACAACUUAAAGUGGCUGAGAGUGGUAUUGGAUGAGGGGCACACAAUACGAAAUCCAAAUGCUCAACAAACAAAAGCUGUGUUAGACCUAGAGGCACAGAGAAGAUGGGUUUUGACAGGUACACCGAUUCAAAAUUCCUUAAAGGACCUGUGGUCUCUUCUCUCCUUCUUAAAACUGAAGCCUUUUGCAGAUAAGCAAUGGUGGCACAGAACAAUCCAGCGCCCGGUUACUAUGGGAGAUCAAGGAGGGCUUAAGCGUUUACAAUCCCUGAUUAAGAGUAUUACACUUCGCAGAACUAAAACAAGCAAAGUAAAAGGGAAGCCGGUUUUGAAACUCCCAGAGCGCAAAGUAUUCAUUCAGCAUAUUACAUUUACAGAGGAAGAGAAUGUAAACUACAACUCUGUGAAAAAUGAAAGCAUGGCUGCUAUUCGCAGGUAUUUUAAUGAGGGAACUAUUUUGAGCAAGUACGCAGAUGUUCUUGGUGUUUUGCUGAGACUCAGACUAUUAUGCUGUCAUCCAUCACUCUGUGUAAGUGCAUCAUCAUCUAGCGAUGUGGAAGGCAAUAGUACUCCUGAAAUGUUACGUGAGAAAUUAAUAGAGAAGAUGAAGCUAGUUCUAAGCUCGGGAUUAGACGAAGAAUGUGCUAUUUGUUUGGACUCGCUGAACUUCCCUGUGAUAACUCACUGUGCUCAUGUAUUCUGCAAACCAUGCAUCUGUGAAGUCAUUCAAAGGGAGAAGGCAAAUGCCAAAUGUCCUCUUUGCAGGAAAGAGGUUGGAUUAAAACAUUUAGUAGAAUGUCCUUUAGAGGAAUCUGAUAGUGGAAGAAAGACUGACCAAGGAUGGGUAUCUAGUUCAAAGAUCAAUGCACUUAUGCACGCUCUGAUAGAAUUGAGGAAGCAAAAUCCCACUGUUAAGAGCUUAAUUAUUUCUCAGUUCACAAAAUUCCUGUCUCUUAUAGAGAUUCCACUAAAAGAAUCUGGAUUUGCCUUCACUCGGUUAGAUGGGUCUAUGACACGGAAAAAGAGAGUAGAGGCAAUUCGGCAUUUCCAAAGCAAUGAAACAGGGUCUCCAACUGUAAUGUUGCUAUCUCUAAAAGCAGGAGGUGUUGGUUUAAAUCUGACAGCAGCUUCACGGGUUUUCUUAAUGGAUCCAGCCUGGAAUCCUGCUGCAGAGGAUCAGUGCUUUGACAGAUGCCACAGACUUGGGCAGAAGCAGGAUGUCAUCAUUACUAAGUUCAUUGUGAAGAACUCUGUGGAAGAAAAUAUGCUGAAAAUUCAACAUAAGAAGAGAGAACUUGCAGCCAGAGCCCUUGGAACCAAACAAAGUUCUAGUGAAACAAAAAUUAAUGACAUCAAGACCUUGAUGGAUUUGUGAUUUGAGAUAUUAGGACCAAGAUUAUACUUGAUGUUAUGCUGUUGUUCAGAUAACAUUGUAGAUUUCAAAAGCAUGAAUCAAGCAGUUCUUUAUAUAUUAAGCUUAUCAACUGAAAUAGAACCUCUUACCACAUUUUCAUAAAUCAUGUUUAAUGGUUAAGCUCCAUUGGGCUGUUCUUCCAAAACAAAGUUCUAGGAGGAAGAGGAACUGUUUCUAACUCAGCAUCAUAUAUAAUUUGUGUUCUCUAUUGUGGUCCAUCCAUGCUUUCAACUGAUCUUGUGUGAAAAUUAGUUGGAUAACCGCAUUUAUUUUUGCACUCAUCUGUAUUGCUGGUUGUGUAUUAUAAAAACAUUUUAAAGGGUGUCCUCCCCCCCCCCCCCCCCAUUUAAAAGCAUAGUAUUUUAUCCACUGGCAUCAUUUUAUUUCAUUGCAUGCUACAAUAUAUAGCUUUAAUUUCUGAAACAGUCUCUAGUACUGUCUGAUGCUAGAAAUGAGAAUUAAGAGUGACCGUAGUAUGCAGGCAGAGAACAUUCAGGAGCAUGUUGCCAUUUCCUUUCUGCAUUGAGUGAAAAUAUCUAAAGAAGCAUCCUAAGGCCAAGAUCCUGUUGGCUGGCAUAGUAGCAGGAACAUAAACAUGCUGGGAAAACCACGUCACACAUGCCCUUUUCAAGGACUGUGCUUAGCAACAUCUUGAGAAAUUUUGUUUAGGAGCCAGCAGCUUUCUCUGCCUUGUGCUCACAACAGAGCUGAACCACUGGUAUUACAGUAGUAUAAUAUACUCCUAUAUCAGCAGCAGGUUUCUUUAGAUAUUCUCAUUCAACAUGGCAGUAAAUCAGUGAAGAUUUUCUCAGGAGCUGCUUUCCAAGAUUCAUGCCCACAUAAGUUACCUUUCCUGAGAGCUCAGUUUACUUGAUUUCUAACAAACACUUGUUUAUAUUAAUAGUUCAUUAUACUACAGUUCAUUAUGCUACAGCUAUAUCAGUAGCUUAAAAAUACAGUAGUUUCAGCCAGUUUUAUUUUUAUGUAAAUAAAAUGGCAUUUUUGGAAA